GGGACUACAGCAGCCAGAAAGGCUGGUUGUGGCUGUGACAGCCCCUGAAGAAACAAGGGGUUCCCAGUGUCUAGCCUGCCUGCCCAGCUCCCCAGGGCCUGUGUGAGCUGGGGUACCUUCAUUUGCCAUCUGGCAUUAUGGCCUCCUUUGGGGCUGGGCCAAGGGUAUGGUAGGGGCAUGGGGCCCUGUGAGCAGGCACAAAAGUGACUCAAGGAGCUUGGCACUGAGACAGGGUACCCCCAGCAGCCCAACUGAGACUACCCUAACUGCUGCCCACCCCAGGAGCUUGGCUUCUGGUUAGUCAGGGUCCCUGUUUGGGGACAGUUAUGUGGCCCCAGGCACAGAGGUCCUGCUGUCUGUUUGCUGAAGGAGGAAAAACAACACAUGGACUAUUGAUUCAGCCUCAGUGUUUGCCCUGGCUGCCCAGCUCUGAUUACACAAGGUGGUGGGCCUGGAGCAAGCAAGGGGGUGGCUGGGAGCCCCCAGGCAAGGCAGGGCUGGGAAGCCCCCGAGUUCCCCAGGAAACAGUAAAAAGAGCCUGGGCACCCUGACUUUGCAGAUGGCUGCCAUCUCAGCCCUAGAGGGAGAUGAAGCCUGGGGGAUCUCCUGUGCUUCAAGCAUGUCCUCCCAGGCUCCAUCCCAACUUGGGUUGACCAUUUUUCCUCCCAGGAACUGUGGGCUUUGUGAGUAACUCCCUCGGGCUGAAUCUGUUUUGCUGAACCAGGAAACUCUAGUGAGUUUGGUAGACUCUGUUCAUUUAAAAACCUUUAAAAAGCCAACAUUUUUAUUCCUUUAUAAAAUACACCUCGCUAUUGUUGAUAAUAUACAAUGAUACAAAGAAGGAAAUACCAGUUACUUGAAAUUGUCUUCAUCUUGAGAGAACCAUUGUUAACAUUUUGGCAUGUGUCCUUCCAGAUUUUGUUUUGGGUUAUGUAUAAAUAUGCAUGUAUAAAUAGUUUUUUUAAAAAAACAAAAUAAGAUUGUGUGUACAUACUGCUUUAUAGUGUAUCUUUUUUACUUUGAUUUUGGUGAAUUUUUAUUUGUUGUUUCUGAUUUUGAGGAAAAAAAGGAACUCAAAACUUGAUAUUCUUUCUUCAUCCCACUUCUGUUCCCUGGUUGCGAAAGAAGGAGAUGUAUGUGGGGAUGGAGCUGGGGCUCAGAGAUAGAGCGCUCGCCUAGCAAGUACAAGGAGCUGGGUUCUACCCUCAGCACCACGUAAAAAUAAAUAAAUAAAAUAAAGGUAUUGUGUCCAGUUACAACUAAAAAAUAAAUAUUAAAAAAAAAAGAAAGAGAUGUGUGUUUAUAGGGUGGUUCAUGUGUCAGUUUAUUACACUGACCUUGGAGGGGUAGAUUUCUUCAGGGGUUUUUUGGUUUAACUCCUUUCUCCUCCACUAGCACCCACACCCUCUUUCUUGUACUAGGGACUGAACCCAGGUGUGCUUUACCACUGAGCUAUACCUCCAGAUAUUUUUAUUUUUUGAGAGAUAGUGUCUUCCUAAGUUGCCGAGGCUUGCCUCAAACUUGGAAUCCUCCUGCCUCAGCCUCUCAAGUAGCUUUAAUUACAGGUAUAUGUCACUACCCCUGGUUUCCCAGAGCCUCUUUUAGGCCCAGAUUGAGCCAUGGGGUAGAAAGGGCAGCCUUAGGCAUGUGGCUGAGGAGGGACUGACUCUUUCCCCCUUUUCCCCUAUUCCUCUCAGAGCCUGCAGCCCUAAUUCUCCUCCACAGCCCUGCCCAUCUCGGCUCCAUGCCCCCACCAGUCAGCCCCGGGCCACAGGCAGUGAGCAAGCACGUGGAAGCUAAAGCCCUGUGACCAGGCCAAGGAGACGGGAGCUCUGGGGUUCCAGCCUCCUGCCGCCCCAUGGAGCUAAGGCCCUGGUUGCUAUGGGUGGUAGCAGCAGCAGGAGUCUUGGUGCUGCUGACAGCUAAUGCCUGUGGCCAGAAGGUCUUCACCAACACGUGGGCUGUGCACAUUCCUGGAGGCCUAGCUGUGGCUGAUAGCGUGGCACGAAAACAUGGGUUCCACAACCUGGGCCAGAUCUUCGGCGACUAUUACCACUUCUGGCAUCGAGCAGUAACAAAGCGGUCCCUGUCACCUCAUCGCUUACGGCACAGCCGACUGCAGAGGGAGCCUCAAGUGCUGUGGCUAGAACAACAGGUGGCAAAGCGAAGGUCCAAGCGGGAUGUGUACCAGGAGCCCACAGAUCCCAAGUUUCCCCAGCAAUGGUACCUGUCUGGUGUCACUCAGCGGGACCUGAAUGUGAAGGAGGCCUGGGCCCAGGGCUACACAGGGCACGGCAUCGUGGUCUCCAUCCUGGACGAUGGCAUUGAGAAGAACCACCCAGACUUGGCAGGCAAUUAUGAUCCUGGAGCCAGCUUUGAUGUCAAUGACCAGGACCCUGACCCCCAGCCUCGGUACACACAGAUGAAUGACAAUAGGCAUGGUACACGGUGUGCAGGAGAAGUGGCUGCAGUGGCCAACAACGGUGUCUGUGGUGUGGGCGUGGCCUACAACGCCCGUAUUGGAGGGGUGCGCAUGCUGGAUGGUGAGGUGACAGAUGCAGUGGAGGCACGCUCACUGGGCCUGAACCCCAACCACAUCCACAUCUACAGUGCCAGCUGGGGCCCUGAGGAUGACGGCAAGACAGUGGAUGGGCCAGCCCGCCUUGCUGAGGAGGCCUUCUUCCGGGGGGUUAGUCAGGGCCGCGGGGGGCUGGGCUCCAUCUUUGUCUGGGCCUCAGGGAAUGGGGGCCGGGAACAUGACAGCUGCAACUGCGACGGCUACACCAACAGUAUCUACACGCUGUCCAUCAGCAGUGCCACACAGUUCGGCAAUGUGCCCUGGUACAGCGAGGCCUGCUCAUCCACAUUGGCCACCACCUACAGCAGUGGCAAUCAGAAUGAGAAGCAGAUUGUGACCACUGACUUGCGGCAGAAGUGCACAGAGUCUCACACAGGCACCUCGGCCUCUGCCCCCUUGGCAGCUGGCAUCAUUGCUCUCACCCUAGAGGCCAAUAAGAACCUCACCUGGCGGGACAUGCAACAUCUGGUGGUUCAGACCUCAAAGCCAGCCCAUCUUAAUGCUAAUGACUGGGCCACCAAUGGUGUGGGCCGGAAAGUGAGUCACUCAUAUGGCUAUGGGUUAUUGGACGCAGGUGCCAUGGUGGCCCUGGCCCAGAACUGGACAACAGUGGCCCCCCAGCGGAAGUGUAUCAUUGACAUCCUCACUGAACCCAAGGACAUUGGCAAACGGCUAGAAGUGCGCAAGACUGUGACUGCAUGUCUGGGCGAGCCCAACCAUAUCACCCGGCUGGAGCAUGCUCAGGCGCGGCUAACCCUGUCCUAUAAUCGCCGUGGCGACCUGGCCAUCCACCUGGUCAGCCCCAUGGGCACCCGCUCCACCCUCCUGGCUGCCAGGCCACAUGACUACUCUGCAGAUGGGUUUAAUGACUGGGCUUUCAUGACAACCCAUUCUUGGGAUGAGGACCCUUCUGGCGAGUGGGUUCUGGAGAUUGAAAACACCAGCGAAGCCAACAACUAUGGGACACUGACCAAGUUCACUCUUGUACUAUAUGGCACAGCCCCUGAGGGGCUCCCCACACCUCCUGAGAGCAGCGGCUGCAAGACCCUCACAUCUAGCCAGGCCUGUGUUGUGUGUGAGGAAGGCUUUUCCCUGCACCAGAAAAGCUGUGUCCAGCACUGCCCACCAGGCUUCACACCCCAAGUCCUUGAUACACACUAUAGCACUGAGAACGACAUGGAAAUCAUCCGGGCCAGUGUGUGUGCCCCCUGCCAUGCCUCCUGUGCCACAUGCCAAGGUCCAGCCCCCACGGACUGCCUCAGCUGCCCCAGCCAUGCCUCCUUGGACCCUGUGGAGCAGACGUGCUCCAGGCAAAGCCAGAGCAGCCGCGAGUCCCCUGAACAGCAGCAACCACCAGGGCUGUCCCCAGAGGUGGAGGCAGAGCCACGGCUGCAGGCUGGGCUGUUGCCCUCUCACCUGCCUGAGGUGGUGGCUGGCCUCAGCUGCGCCUUCAUUGUGCUGGUCUUCGUCACUGUCUUCCUGGUCCUGCAACUACGUUCAGGCUUCAGCUUUCGGGGGGUGAAGGUAUACACCAUGGACCGUGGCCUCAUCUCCUACAAGGGGCUCCCCCCUGAAGCCUGGCAGGAGGAGUGCCCAUCAGACUCAGAAGAAGAUGAGGGCCGGGGCGAGAGGACCGCCUUUAUCAAAGACCAGAGCGCCCUUUGAUGAGCCCACUGCCCGCCCCUUCAAGCCAAUCCCUUCCUUGGGCACUUUUUAAUUCACCAAAGUAUUUUUUUAUCUUGGGACUGGGUUUGGACCCCAGCUGGGAGGCAAGAGGGGCAGAAACUGCUUCCUAUCCAAUCCUUGGGCCCACCUAGCUGCCCAAGGUAGGGCCCCAGGACCAGCUGGGGACAGGGGAGGGCCUCACCUCACCCCCAGCACCCCUCCAUGUGGAGAAAGGAGUGAAACCUUUAGGGCAGCUUUUCAAGGCCUAGGCCCCAGCUGGAGUUCUUGCGGAGUGAAGAGAGGCAGUCCUUUUGGGGAUUCACUACCCAGGCUGCAGCUCUUGCCCCUUCCCUGUCCCUCUAAAGCAAUAAUGGUCCCCAUCCAGGCAGCAGGGAGGCUGGCCUAAGAGGUAUUUGAAGGAGAGGUCACCUCACCAAGGGCUUUUGCAUCCCCAAUCCUGUCCCGCUCCUCUGGUGAGCCUCAGCAGAAGUGGCAAUCAUAGGAAGGGACCAAGGCGAGGCAGGCGCUUCCAGGUGUGCACAUGUGUGUGUCCCCUGCCUCUGUGCUAUAGGCCUCUACAACAGCUGGCUGUCAGGCUGAGCCAGGCUGGUAUGGGCCACGGCUGCAGCUUGGGGCGGGGGGAGCCCAUGCUGGUGUCCUGACCACCCUCUUAUCUCCAACACCCUCCCCUCCCACCAGGGCCCAAGUCCCUGUUUUCUGAGCCCGGAGCUGCCUGGGCUGUUGGCACUCACAGUCCCGGAGCCCCUGGGUGGGUGGUGGGGAGGGACGGUGGCCCAGCCGGCCUCUUCCGCCUCCCACCCAAUGCUGCUUUCCCCUGUGGGGAUCUCAGGAGCUGUUUGAGGAUAUAUUUUCACUUUGUGAUUAUUUCACUUUAGAUGCUGAUUUUUUUUUUUUUUGUAUUUUUAAUGGGGGUAGCAGCUGGACCACACCCACCUUCUCACACUCACCUUCUCACACCCACGUCCACCCUGCUCUUCCCCUGGCUGCCCAGCUCCUGAGGUGUAGGGGCUGCAGCAUGUUGCUGAGGAGUGAGAAGUAGCUGAGCCCCAAGUCUUAAAGAGACAGGCCAGCCAGUUGGGCUCUAGGAAAAGGGGUCAGGGUGGAAGGGGCAGGCUGACAUCUGUGUUUCAAAUGGGGCUUGUGCCAAGGGCUGAUGGGUCAUUGGCUCUCCAAGUGCCAGGGGUGGGCAGGUGGUGGCACCUAAGCCCCUUCCAACACUGUGCCCUAUCGGAGAAAGCACUGACCUGUUAUGCCCCCCUAAGCCACCUCUUCUGACGUGCCUUUUGCACCCCUUCCAUUAGGACAAUCAGUCCCCUCCCAUUUGGGAGCCCCAUUUUCUUUCCCCUAGCCCUUCCAGGUACCCAGUCACCUGCCCAGGGGUGCCCCCUCCUCUCCCAUCCCCCUACCCUCGUGGCCAGCCCGGCUGGUUUUGUAAGAUACUGGGUUGGUGCACAGUGAUUUUUUUUUUCCUUGUAAUUUAAACAGGCCCAGCAUUGUUGGUUCUAUUUAAUGGACACGAGAUAAUGUUAGAAGUUUUAAAGUGAUUAAACGUGCAGACUAUGCAAAUCAG